AUGGUAGCGGAGCGCUCGGUUGCGAGCGAGGGCCUUAGUUCGUCGGAGGCCCUGAGAAGUAUGGGCAUACUCCCUUCCGGUGCGGGGUCCUCGCAAGAAACGGAAGAGACCGGAAUGGCGCGCUUGCUGCGUGUCAACUUGGCCCUUGGGGCGAUCAUAGAGCAGCAGGCGGCUCAGCUUGCUUCGUUGGGUUCAGGAGCCAGCGCGACCUCAACACCCGCGCCCGCCACGCCACGUGCCGCUCCACCUAAGCCACCUGUGACCACAAAGCCUGCGCUAGAUAUGCCGAUGGUCGCCGACCCGAAGCAGCCAGCGCCAUCGAGACCGAAGCAGAAGCCAAUGCCUAGGCCAAAGGCACCGAAAGCGGGACCGUUGUUCAAGCGCAUGCCUAAGUCUGAAGUGAAGGUGAAGGCGAUGCCGAAGGUGCCGAAGCGAGAGCUUACGCGCCCGAGCGGGGACGAGUCGUCCGAAGACGAGCCUAAGGCGCCCGCGACGUCGUCUAAAGGCUUCGCGCUCCUGCCCAAGGAGAAGUGGAGCAGCAUGCGUUUCUCAGAAAGGAUCGAGCACAAGAAGGAGAUGAGAAAGGCCCUGCCCAGAGGCUCGAUUGGAGACGCUGCUUUGAAGGCGCAAGGCACCGAUUGCGACACGUGUUCGGAGAGGCGGACGCGUGGUCGUUCGGCAGUGCGGCGGUUCGCGGAAGAAGCCGUUGGAAGAGCAAAGCGCCGGCUGGAAGAGCGAAGGAAAGAGAAGAAGGAAAAGAAAGAGAAGAAGGACAAGAAGGCGAAGAAAGGAAACGAAGAGGCGGAGACAAGGAGUCGUGCUCCGGGCGGUUCGCCUGGAGGCACUCCAAAGGUCACGUCGUCGAAGAGGACGCUAGCGCCGAGGAAAGACCUUCGGAGGCCCAGCGAGCCCCAGGGUCCGCCACCUAAGCCCGCAGCAAAGAGUACGCCGAAAGCGGAAGGACCGCGGCGAAGCAGCGGAUUCACAGCGGGGUCGCUUGCGAUGCUCAAAAGUUCCUUGGCCGAGACCUUGAGGCAGAAUAUCGCCGCAGAAGAAGACCCAGAGGAGCAGAGGAAAAUGGAAGAGCAAAGGCGAGCUCUGCAGCGCGACCGGCCACGGCAGAGUAUCGUGAUCACGCGCGAAAAUAUCGACGACCAGUCGUUUCACGACAGUCGGUAUUUUGCCGACAGGGCGGCCGGAGUGCCGCACCACCAAGCCUGGAAGAACGAGAAGGGACGCCGAAGAGCGUUGCUGAAUCGCCGAGAAGGCUUGAAAGAGCGCGUCGCAGACCGCAUCGAAAAGGAUCAAGAGUGGCACCGGCGGUACGACUCAAAAGGGUCCAGCCACAAGAUCGAUAAGACAGACCGCUUCGAAGGCGAGACCGUCACGGUCGACGAGCGAGUGCGCGACAAGGAUGCCGACGAGCCUGCUGUUGAGGCCGCACCGCUGUCGAAGAGGGCGAGGGCGAACCUACGCCAGGAGCCGGACGACGAGGAGGUCUUGUUGGCAACGAACCCGGAAAGGAAGGCGAAGGAGCCUCGAAAGCGCCCGCCUGGGUACUACCAGAGAAAGAACUUGAGCCGCCGGAAGCGCAAGCGCGAGAUGAGGAACAAGGGAAACCCGGAGGACGACGACGAGGAGGAGGACGAAAACGAGCCUCCACCCGACAGAGACGACGGGCCAAAGGGUCCAAAGUGGCCACGAGGACCACCCGAUGCAGGAGCAGUUCCUGUCAACUCCUUUGGCACUUUGGCCGAUUCGGCUGGAGUGGUCGAGGAUGUGGAUGGGUGGAAGCGCAUGAGGUUGAAUCUGGACACGGGAGCCGCCGCCACGGCGAUCCCGACCGAACUUGCCGAAGUGCUCAAGGGCAUGGGUUACGACCUCGGACCCACGAGCGGCACGACCUACAAGACGGCAAGUGCCGAAGUGAUGCAAGACGAAGGUGGCCUGUGCAUUCAGGGCACAGACUCCCGCGGAAACCCGAAAGGGGUAGCCGGGAGAGUUACCAACGUUCACCGCCCAUUGGCGUCGGGGAGCAAAGUGGCCAUGGGUCACCACCUGGCGUUGUCGAGGCGCGGCGGGUGCCUUAUCCCGCUGGGCAGCGAGGCUGCCAAGGAGUACGAAAAGUUCAUGGCUGGGCUGGUUAGACGCCACGGAGCGCAGCUCACGCCAGUGCAUGUGGAGAACGGCAUCUACAUGAUGGACUUUUGGGUCCGGCCACGCCAGACCAACGCGCCCGAGCUGAACGCCACAGGUGAAGCCGAAGAGAAAGAAGAAAGUGCUCCUUUUCAGGGGCAGCCAGAGGCGUAA